UUAUUCUCGCUUUUGUGCUUAUAAAUAACCAAUAGUCUCUGUUUGGCUUUGUGAGCCUCUAGGCAAUCUAUCUGAUUGGGAGGAGCAAUUCUAGUCAUUCUACUUCGUUGGAAAUGGAAAAGGAAGAGUGACGAGCAUAGUCCCAAAUCCUUCAACUUCUUCUUUUCCCCCAAAUCUCCUGUUAUUUUCAAUAUUUUAACCCUACCAUUUCUCAUUAUCUCCCAAGUUUCUGCUCCUCGGCCAUUUUCAUUCGGAAGCCCAAUGAAAAAUUUGACUCCGAUCCUGUUGUUCGACAUCACCGAGUGUUUAUGAUGCUUAUAUUGACGAGUCAGUCAAACAUGUGAACAACCUUUGAAAGACUAUAAGUAUUUGGUCACAACUACUACUAAGUAUACCACUAGUAAGUAACAAGAUAUCAAUGAAGGAGAAAUCAAUUUUGAAAAUUUCAAAAGUAUUAGAACCAUUGUUUAAUGGAGAUUUUUGACGAUUCGAAUCAGACUUCACAUUCUUCAAACUUAGAAAGUGAAGAUAUGGAGCUAAAUCAAACACAAAACAACUCAUUACCAGAGGAUAAUGAAAUUCCAAGGGCAAUUAUUCCCAUUGGACCUCGUUUUCAAGCUGAAGUUCCUAAGUGGGAAGACUCAACAAAUGAAAAAUGUCAUAAUAAUGACGAUGAUUUAAAGUGGCUAGGUAUUCAAGUUUGGCCAAUGUCUAAUAUUAGUGAAAAUAGUACAAAAGGUAUUGGAGAAGGUAGGCCUGACUCUUGCUACUGUAAAAAUUUAGGAUCAAUUGAAUGUGUUAAAUUACACAUUAGAGAAGCAAAAGAACUUUUGAAAUUGGAGAUUGGUGCAACAAUAUUUUCAAGUUGGAAAUUUGAUGAAAUGAGAGAAGAAGUUUCAAAAUCAUGGAUAUUAGAAGAGGAUAAAGAAUUUGAAUCUCUACUAGAAUUAAAUACAUCUUCAACUGUCAAAAAUUUGUGGAAGCCAUAUUGUUUUAGCAUGGAGACAAGAUCUUUACAAGAAGUUCACCAUGUCAACGAUAAGAUUAGAACUUCAAUGAAAAGAAGUUACAAUCAGAUAUAGUUGUUGGUCAAUCUAAAUAGUAAGCAAAUCUGAAUGGAUCAAUAUUGUGCAAAAAGUGUUACAUUUGAAGAACACCUACAAGCAAUGAAAGAAAAACAAGUGCAACUUAUUGAACAAUUAGCUGUAAGCUUUGUUGCUUAUAUAGUCUUUCAUCGAGUUCUUACAAAUCUUCAAAACUUCCUCUUUGCCCCAAUAUCAAUCACUUGAACAUCCAUAAUCUCCUUCACAACAAUGAAGCAAAAAAUAUUUCAUGUCAUUUAUAUUUUCAAUUUCAUUUCCUUAUUUGCAAACAAUCUUUGUCUACUUAUAUUUGUUUGUGAUAAUU